AUGCCGGCGUCGAUGAUCCUGACAGCCGUGCUGCUCCUAGCGGCAUCCGUCGCCGCCACCGGAGAGUCGCCGGAAGUAAGGGAUGCGCUUGUGCAGUUCAUGGCGAAGCUGUCGCCGGGAGAUAAUCGAAUUAGAGGCGUAAAUUGGGGGUGGAAUUCCAGCUCGGACCCCUGUUUCAAUGCAUGGACAGGGGUCACGUGCUAUAGCGACUCGAAAACGGUAAAAAAGAUCGUCCUCGAGGGGCUAAACCUGACAGGGAAGAUCGACGCCGCCUCGUUGUGCGUCGCGAAAGGUCUCGUGGUUUUUAGCGUCAAUGAGAACGACAUCGCGGGUGGGCUGCCCGAAGAGAUGUCGAAUUGCAGCCGGCUGACGCAUAUUUAUCUUCACCGGAACCGGCUGUCGGGCAGCCUGCCUGGAUCCCUUUCGAGGAUGGGCAAUCUGAAGAGGAUCGUCGUUUCGGACAAUGACUUCUCGGGGGACAUCCCGAACAUCGCUAGGAUCUCCGGGUUGUUGUCUUUCUUAGCCGAGAAUAAUCGCCUCACCGGAGGUGUCCCAAGCGUCGACUUCUCUAACAUGGAAGAGUUCAAUGUUUCGAACAACAAUCUGAUCGGGAGAAUCCCCGACGAUGUAGGGUCGUUUAACGAAUCGAGCUUUUCGGGGAAUUUAGGAUUGUGUGGCGUCCCAUUGUCGAACAUUUGUCCUCCUUCGCCGCCUCCGCCUAAAGGGAAAUCUCGGUCGAAGGACUAUUUUAUAUACUCCGGGUACGCGUUGAUUGGCUUGAUCAUAGUCGUUUUGAUCAUCGUCAAAUUGAUUAAGAAUCGUAAGGCUAGCGGGAACAAAGUCGGGGCGAAGGAUGGAGUUCACACGGAUCGAUCUCGGGACAAGAUGAGUACCACAUCGAGUGGGUCGAAGGGCAAUAGAUCGGAGUUUUCUAUUACAUCGACCGAGGAAAGUGUAAGAGGUUCGAAUUCGCUCAUAGUGCUUUCAACUCCGGUGUUUGGCAACGGGCUGAAGUUCGAGGAGCUGCUGCAGUCGCCAGCCGAGUUGUUGGGGCGUAAUCGACAUGGGACGCUCUACAAGGUCAUGCUCAACGACCGGGUGCCUCUAGUCGUGAAGAGAAGACGGGAUUGGGACAUCUCGAAAGAUGAUUUCAAGACAAGGAUUGAGAAGAUCGAUCGAGUUAGGCAUCCGAAUGUGUUGCCCGUCAUCGCAUUUUACUGCUCACGGCACGAGAAACUCGUGAUCUACGAGUUCCAAGAGAACAGUAGCCUCGCGAAGCUCCUUCAAGGAUCUCAUAACGGCGAAUCCUUCGAUUGGGGAAGCCGGCUAAACAUUGCGGCCAAGAUCUCCACGGCUUUAGCCUUCAUGCACGAUGGCUUGAAAGAUGCCGGGAUUGCACAUGGGAACCUAAAAUCCUCGAACAUUCUAUUUAGUAGCACGAUGGAGCCUCUAAUAAGCGAGUAUGGUCUAGCUGAGGCCGAAUGUCAUGACCAAUCAAUUUUAGACAAUAAUCCCUUUAGGAAGGAUGUCUUAAACUUUGGAAUCCUUGUACUCGAGCUCUUAACGGGCAAAGUAGUUGAGAGCAACGGGAUAGAGCUAGCCAGGUCGGUGAAGUCGGCGAUAAUGGAGGAGUGGACCGUGGAAGUGUUCGACAAGGUGCUCGUGCCGGGAGGUGCGAGUGAGGAGAGAAUGUUGAAUUUGUUGCAAGUUGGGCUAACAUGUGUCAAUGGAUCAUUGAAAAUGAGAGAAGUAGCUACAAUGAUAAGCUCUAUUAAAGAACACGAAGAACAAUCUUCGAGUUUUACCUCCUAA